GGGAUCGAAAUGAUGUCAUGACCUGUUGAUUGGAAACGCUUGCACUCUUUGGCGCGCCUUUUCUUUUGCCGAAACAAGCUAUCCAAUCUGCUCUUUAUCUUCAUAGCUUCUCUCGCAUAAGAGUGGCAAUCUCGUAGUGCCCACGUCGUGUCCACGAUGAACUGUUAGAUACUCUAUGGUUAGAUCUCCAGAAUAAGAUAAUUCACCGAGCACAGAUGCAGCUCUGGAUUCGAACGGUGUUCAAGGCGUCUAAAAUGGUCUCGAGAAAGAAUUCGAAGGUGAUAAAAACAGUCUUGUUCUUCUUGGCUGGUUUACUGAGCGUGGGAAUACUCAACGGAUUAGUGGAGACGCUUCCAUCCUUCGAAUACUCCUCACAAACCAGAGCCCUGCGGAUUAUCCAAGCUGAAGGAGAUGAUCUGCACUUGGGAGAACGACAUGGUCGCUCUCCUCGCGAUCUUUCAAGCAAUGUUGCCGUUUCAGGACGUCGGACCUCGGAUGGGCAGAAGGUGACAGCAGAGCAAACACCGAGGUGCGUAAAGAAGGUUCUCAUCUUCGGUAAUAUGAUACGCAUGGCGUGGAUCCCUGAGUUGAAUCAUUUCAAGGCUCUUCUAGAAACCAGCAAACUGGAUGGGUACGAGUCGGACGUGAACUGUUCCUCCCGGGGGUAUAAAUGCGACAUCAAACUAUCUCUUGGAGCAGCACGCGAAGAUCUGGUUGGGAAGGACGCUGUGAUCUUCGGCAUGGUCUCGACGAUCUGGAUCACCAAGAAUCUCCUGCAUAAUGUCUUGAAGCAUAAGCCAGAGCCGGGCCAGACCUGGAUCUUUUACAGCACCGAAACCCCGUACAGAGUCAAGAAAUGGGCGGGAAGUGAGGACCUGGCUCUUUUCAAAUACCAUGUGCUCAUGACAUAUAACAGGGCCUCGGACGUCUACGUCCCAUUUGGCUACUAUCGGCCAUUUUCGAGACCAAAUGAUGGCCCAACCGACACUCGAUUUUUACGUGACGACUUCUACACUAACCGGACGGGAAUCUUGUCUUGGGUUGCUACAAACUGUCAAGAUGUCUUUUGGCCUCGGAUGCAGUUCAUUGACAAGCUACGUAAAGAAAUUUCACUGGACGACUACGGAGCAUGUGGGCACAAGGAGUGCCUUCCACGAAGAUCGACCCACUGCAACGAACUCUUCGCGAGCUACAAAUUCUACCUCUCCAUUCCGAAUUCAGAAUGUAGAGACUACAUCACCGAAAAGUUCUGGAUGAUAUCUCUGAAAUACGGCACUGUUCCACUGGUCUUAGGGACAGUCAAGGAGGACUAUGAGCCGGUUGCACCCCCUAAUUCUUUCGUCCAUUUCGGCGACUUCAAGAGCAUAAAGGCGGUGGCGGAUCAUCUGAAGAAAGUGGAUAAUAACGAGACUCUGUACAGACAGUACCAUGAAUGGCGUCGGCAUGGGGAAGUCAUCACACCCUUCCCGUAUCGUCCUGAAUCUCUAUGUAGGACGCUGCCUCAUAUUUACCCGAGACCAGAAAGUGAGAUCAAACUCAUCGGGAACUCAACCUGGUACAAGGAUUGCAGAACAGCUCCUAGUGAAAUGGACGUUAAUCCACAUUUUGAAACGAUCGGCAACUGGACUCCAUGGAAACUCUCCGGUUGAUGGGUAACCGGUAAGAUCAAUCAUGUCGUUUUCCUGAAAUGUUAAAGUUGUCAGCAGAAGCACAAGGAAUCGACACGUCCGUUCAAGAGUAACGAAAGAUUACUGACUUACCACGAAUUCACUGCAAUUACUGUUGAAACAUUCGCAUGAAGUUUCUAAUUCUGCUUGCUUGAUUUUAUAAAGUGCAAGUGGUGGGUUAACACCAAUAUUGCAAUAUGUCCACUGGAAACGAGAAUGACACCAAGUCUCUGUAACCACAAUAGGUUCACCCCAUCCCCAUGAAUGGAAUCUUGACUGGAAUACCCAUAAUGGGAAAUUUUAAUCAAUCUGCAUAUUGUAUAGAAAGUUUCAUACUUUAAAAUAAUAUAAGAAAGUACGGAGAUGUUUAUAAAAAAGUUAUGAAAUUAUAUUUUCAAUACGAAUAUCUGUCAUGCCUUUCUUGUGUAGUAUACAGUCACCAAAAAGAACUUAUAAUUGUUGUCGUUCAACCCUGAAUUAAUAUGCCGGGAACUGUUUCAUAAAGUAUUUCAUUCGCCAUUUUCAUCACGCCUUUCUCUCAGCCAAUCAGAAUAAAAUAUUCCAGUGGCUUAUAACAUUUGAUUCUCAUACCUCAUAAAACCUUCAUCAUUUCACGCAUGUCAUAUGAUAGCAUGCUUUUGCUAUUUACGAGUUUAUCUUUAUUUCUUAUAAAUAUUUUUUAGUAUAUUUCUAUUCAUUUUAUAAUUGGUCUUGUGUAGUAAAACAGAUCAAACUUGGUUCUUUUUCUUAAAAUUAAUUUUCAAUUCAUUUUUUAAGAUAUUUUGAUUUACUAAGGUCAGUAAUUGUGACUCUAUGUUUUAUUUUUUAUAUUCUUUCUGUAAUAUUGUGUUAAAAGAUUCCAGGAAAAAUCUUUCAAGAAAUGCCUUCGAAAUCCCAUAAACUUCAUGACAUUCUGUUCACUUCUGAUAAAUUUCGAAGAAAAUGAACAUUUAAACUUUAUUAUGUACCUCUCAGGAAGAAAACAAUAGGUUGGUUAACAUAAUAAUGCGAACCUACAAACUGCUGGUUAAGAGAAAAUACGUUAUGAAGUAAACGGGGAUUCUCUUAAUUGGUAGGUUCGUAUAUUAAUCAAUUUGAUAGGUUGGUCAAAUUAUUCUGAGAGUACCCCUUUACUAGUUUUGUCAAGUUGCAGGUGUGGAUGUACCUGAGGGAGGGGACAUUUUGGAUGGAGUAACCGACCUGGAUAAGUUUUAUUCCAUCAUUAUAAAUAGUUUUUGUAUAAUAAUUUUGAUUUCCUGUCUAUGGAAAUCCAUGACAAUGAUCAACUAUGUGUCUUGUAUGCUAACGACAACUUAUUAAUGUUAUAAUUUCGUAUAAAAUAUUUUUAUAUGUAUUUUUGAAUUUCGUAUACGGUACAGUGAUCGUUUUAUGAUUUAUAUGGUUAUGGUUUUGUAAUUUGAAAUUUGGAAUAUCUUAGUUUUUUCGUAGAAUGCUGAUACGAAUGAAAUGAAAAAACAGAGUUAAAUCUGAGAGUAUGAUUUACAUUUAAUGUUAAAAUGUAUCAUUUCGUGUGUUUUUUUGCGUUUGAUUUUUAUUAAUUUGUAUUUAUUAAUAAACAUAAAUGACGAACAAUACAUGAGUAAGAUCUUUCAGUGAGUUUCAUUCAAUAAAGUUUUAUUCUAACAACUUGUUCCCUUUUAAAGAGAAGAACUACAUCUAUGGCAUUUUUCUAUUAUGGAAACUGUCAUGGUAACAGGGUUCAGCAGCCAAUCACAAUCCAGACUUCCAUAUUAAUUACGUCAAUGACAAAGUUAGCAUAGUUGCAGGACUUUAUGAUUUGGAAAGCAGUAUGCAUUGAACAGACUAUCCUAGAUAGAUAAAUAAAUAACUGAAGAAGUAAUAAAUGAAUAAAAGUACAAGUGAGUGAGUGAAUGAAUGAAUGAAUGAAUGAAUGAAACUCGGUAAAAAUUGGUUGAGUCCAAGUGCAACUGCCAAUGGAUCUCGUUACUUACGAAAUGAAUCGAAGAGAGUCGUUGAUAUCUAACAUCUCGUACUUUUUUGCAA